AUGACAUAUGAUAAUAAUAUUUUAUGUAGUUGGGAAAUAACAGCAGCAUUGUCAACAAAUAGAACAUUAAUAUUGACAUUUUUACAUUUUGAUACUGAAUACUUCUACGAUGAACUUUUAAUCGGUGAAACGGUAUCGGGUUUAUCGCGUUAUAAUUCAAAAUUGGCACGUUUUAGUGGAUCAAAAUUACCUGAACCAUUUUAUAUUUCAUAUAAAAGACCCAUAUGGAUUGAGUUUUCAACAGAUGAUACAAUAGUUGGAACGGGAUUCAUUUUAGAAUAUGCGUUUACCAACAAAACUAUGUCGACACCAAAACCUGUACUACUAAUUGAUGCCAAUAUUGAAUAUAGUGAUGAUGGAAACGCGUUGAUUCGUAUUCGAAUUGUUCAUUUUGAAACUGAACAAUAUUAUGAUAAAUUAACAUUUAUAGUUGGACAUAAUGUGGACAAUGCAGCAAUGGUAUUAACCGAAUUAUCGGGCAAAUUAGAUGAGCUACCAAGGCAUAUUUUUGUUCCAAGUGAUAGUUUAUAUAUGAUAUUUACAACAGAUCGAACGAUAAAUGCAACAGGGUUCAUGUUGGAAUAUGAGAUUAUCACUAAAGAGAUGAAUUGUUCUUCUGAUGAUAUUACAAAAAGUCAAGGUCAUAUUCAAUCUGUUAAUUAUCCACAAUCAUUACGAACAAAUCUCGAUUGUACUUGGAAUUUAUUUUUGCCUUCUUCAUAUAUAGCAAUUGAAAUUGAAUUUCACGAUCUACAUUUAGCAAAUGGAAAAGAUUACUUGAUUGUACAUUCAGGUGACAGUUUAACACCCUAUACGGGGGAAAUGAAGGCAUUGAAAAUUUUAUUUUACAGUUUCAAUAUCACAUUAAAUUUAAUUACAAGACAUUCAACAGAUGAUUAUAGAGGCUUUAAUCUUUCAUAUCGAGGCAUUUUAAUUAAUGAAGAAAACAUCCAUGAACAAACAAGUACCGCAGAACUUAUUGUCAAACAUCAACAAUUAUCAUGUGGCAAAAGGUAUUCAUCAUCGAUUAAUGGUACAAUUUUAACAUCAGGUUAUCCAAUCUACGAUUAUCCGGUGAAUAUUGAUUGUACAUGGAUCGUCGAUGUAUUCGAUGGACAAAAUGUUCUAUUACGUUUCGACGAUUUUGAUAUCGAUUCAGAAGAAGAUAUUGUUCAAAUAGGACUUUUAAAUGAUGUAACAAAAUACCAAUUAUUUUCAAUAAUAGGGUCAACAGUAUUACCAUCAGCUGAAACCAAAGAAAUUGAUGGCGCAUCAUUACCUCUCCAUUUGAACAGUUCGACACGUUCUUUACGUCAAAAACAGCAUUCUCUAACUGGUUAUUACAAUUUGACAAAAACUCAACAAUGGAUUAUUCAACCCAGCUCUGAAGAAUCAAUCGAAAUUUUGUUUAAUUCAAUUUCAACAACGUCAGACCGAACCGUCUGUUUUCUUAUAGAGUCGAUGGAUAGUUAUCCAAUAUCAGUUUGUAAUUAUCAAACAUUUCCCAUGGUUAUCUAUCAAAUACGAUCAUUCACAUUGUCAAUCAAACCUAGUUUUGUGUAUACACUGGUCAAUUACGAUAUUCACAUUCAGAAGUUUGAAAAAAAAACUAUUAUCCAAUAUAUUGUUGAAAGUGAAGUUGAACUAACAGUGCCCGAUUAUCCUCAUGUGCAUUGUGAAUGGCAUGUUAACAUUGAGAAUAGUUCAGUUAUCAUAAUCAAUAUUAAAAAUAUUGAAGAUUUAGAUACGACAUUUCUUGUCAAAGCUACAACAAAUUCAUGUGGACAAUUUCUCAAGCCCAAUGAUUUUAUGUAUAUUUAUUAUGAAAACAAUGAUUUAAUAUCAAAAAAUUGUCACUGGUUUAUUCAAGGUAGCACGGAUUCAACUUUCAUUGUUAAUGUUUACUCAAAUGAUACAAGUCAAAAUCCACAAUUAUACACAACUGCUGGUAUAAAGUUAAUAUUAAAUCAGAAUAUCGUCAUUCCCUAUUCAGACUUCUAUAUCAAAUAUAUUUCAAAUUUAACCAUUUAUGAACAAUUUAUUAUUAUAUUAUAUCAUUAUGAAAGAAGUUGGUGA